AUGAAGGAUCCCGGCCAGAGCAAAGCCUCAGCCCGCUGCAGCAUGGCUCUCCUCCAGCGCAUCGGGACCUGCCUGCCCUUCUUCCUGCUCGCCGUCACCUUUGACAUCCUGGGCCUGGUUCUGCUGUUCGUCGGGAUCUUCGGCGACCUGCGCAUCGACGGCCUCUUCUACGGAGACUUCUUGAUCUACUCGGGCUCCCUCAUCAUCUUCGCCAGCCUGGCCUGCUGGCUCAUGUGGUACGUGGGCAACAUCCAGGUGUCGGAGUACGACGGGCAGAAGAGGAGCAGCAUCGCGCUGCUGGCCGGGAAGAUCUCGGAGAGGCUGAGCCAGAAGGUGACCGCGCAGGACCGCGUGAAGUGCGAGGUGGAGGACGGGGACCGCAGCCCUGCGGGGACGCUUCCGCUGAAACAGGGCAAGGUGACGUGGGGCAAAUCCACGGCGUACCUGAACGAGGGCUACGACGGCUCCACGGACGGCGCUGACGGGGAGCAGCAGUCCGUGGACUGA